AUAUCACACCCAUUGUUCAAUGUUUCGAACACACACAAAACCACUGACAACACCAAAGAUAUGAUCAGAAAUCUGACUAUGCAACAUUUCGACACCUCGACGAAUUUUGUCUACUUCUCGGACAUGGAGGAAAACAAUGAAAAAUGUAGAGGAAAGAAAAAGUGCGUCACAAGUACACCUGUUGGGCAUUACCGCGCAUGCGCAAUCAUCGGAAAUGGCGGGAUUCUUCUCAACAGCAACUGUGGGAACGAGAUCGAUUAUCAUGAUUACGUCAUCAGAAUCAACAUGGCGCCCGUCAAAAACUAUGAGAAGGACGUUGGGACAAAGGCGAACAUGACUUUAGUCAAUUUGGCCCUCGCCAAACGACUGCCGAGGAAACUAUCAGACACCACCACACGGGAAGCACUUGUGGAACGCUUGUCCCCUCUGAACCAUGGCGUCAUCAGUUAUAUUAAAGGAAUGUCAAACCAAGUCAAGGAGGCCCUACUAGCUCUGGAAACCAGUCUGGCAAACAACGGCCUGAACAUCUCAAUUACUUAUUCUCGGGACUACUUGCCACGUAAAAUCACUCGCUUGCUGAGUGCAACGUUGAUUCCCGAGUUGCAAUCUCCGACAUCCGGGCUCAUCGCCUUCAUCCUGGGAACGACGUUCUGUGACGUCAUCACCCUGUACGGCUUCUUCCCAUUCGCCACGGACAUGCGCAACAGGACGCUGUUCUACCACUACUAUGAUCGUACCCCCGUUAGUCACAGAAACAGGCACAACUUUAGUGUUGAAUAUGACUUUCUUACAACGCUUCACAAGAGUGGGGCAAUAAAGCUUGUUUCAGACGUAUGUUAUUAAUGAUUCUGCGGUAAUAAUACCAUCUGGUAGGAGACUUAUUGGAUUCUACCGACAAAACAUGUAAUACUAGGCAUUCAUAUUAAUAUUACAAUUCUUCCAAUAUUGUAUCCAAUUGUCUUUCCUUCUAUCCAUCCAUCCAUCCUUCCA